UAAACCUUCUGCAAAGAAUUAUGUCCUUCCCUUCAUUCAUAACCCUCCCCAUUAACAACACAAGCUGCCCUCUAUAUAUUGAUAUGGACAAAAAAUAAAUCAUCACAGAGUCAUUUGGAAUUAAGCUAGGCCUCGUUGCCAUGGGGCCUGGGUUCACUGCUCAUAGCUAAGGAGAAUCAUUCUUUUUCAAAAUAAAACAAACCCCUUCUCUUAACUCAGACUAUUGUCCCGUAGACUGUGAAUGGAUAGACUGGAACACAAGUGAUCCUCAGAGCAGAAAGGGAGGAAUAUAACUGAGGUCAAGGUUCAACACCAAGAGCCCCCCUCCCCUCCAUGUCAAUCAAAUUAGAUAGACAACAAAAAGUAGAUUCAGAGAGCUGUGGUUCUACAAAUAACUCAGAGUUCUUUUUUAAAUAUACAUUAAGCCAACAAUAUUUUGCUAUGGGAGCUGAUAGGUGGAUAUACAGUAUCUCUCUUAUUCAGCUGGUCUUAUAAAACUGAUGCAGCCUACAUUUAUUUCCCACUCCUAUCUCUCUCUCUCUCGCACACACACAAACUCAGAGCUGCUGUGUCUGUGUAUUUCCUUAACUUCACAGGCAGCUGUUUUCAGAUCACUGCCAGAAACAACUGUCUGACGGACACACACCAGGCAGGCAUUUUCUAUCAGCACAGCAACUCAAGAGGGGCAGCAUCCUAACAGCUGUAAGAAAUGAACACCUCAUCGAUGGAAUCUGCAUUUCUACUCUCCAACCAAUCCAAUGAGAGCUGCAGCACGGAGCCAGCACUGGAGAACAUCUUGUUUGCUGGCUUCUACCUUGUUGUUUUCCUAUUGGCUCUGAUUGGGAAUGGGCUUGCUCUCUUGGUGUUUUCUCAGCAGGGAGGACCUGAGUCUCCUGCAAACGUCUUCCUGGUGCACUUGGCUGUGGCUGACCUCUCCUACGUGACCAUCCUGCCACUGCGGGCCACGUACCACUUAAUGGGAGGCCACUGGCCAUUCGGGGAAGUGCCUUGUCGGCUGGCAGGCUUCCUGUUCUAUGUAAACAUGUACGCCAGCCUUUACUUCCUGGCCUGUGUUGCGGGAGACCGGUACUUGGCCGUUGUACAUGCUGUGCGCUCAAUGAAGAUUCGCUACGCACGUUAUGCCCAUAUUGCCAGUGCUGCACUCUGGGUCCUGGUUACUGUGUCAAUGGUGCCUUUGCUUGUCACCCAGCAGACAGCACAGUUGGACAACACUACCAUUUGCCUGCAGCUGUACCGUGAGAAGACCUCUCGCCGUGCUCUGGUCUCCCUUGCUGUGGCCUUCACCCCACCCUUCCUCACCACCCUUGCAUGCUACCUGCUGAUUGCCCGCAGCCUACAACAGGGAGUGCGGCUCGAAUCAGAGCUUAAGACAAAGGCACUGCGCACCAUUGGGCUGGUGCUGCUUAUCUACCUGCUGUGCUUCCUGCCCUACCACAUCAGCCGUGCCACCUUCAUCCUCUCACACGGGCAUCCCGGAGCCUCCUGCCAGGCCAGGAGAGGCCUGUUGCUGGGAAACAGGCUGACCUCUUCCCUGACUUGUCUUAAUGGUGCCCUUGACCCACUGGUUUAUCUCUUUGGCGCUGAGAAGUUCCGGGGCAGUGUGAGACGGCUUCUCUGUGGAGAAAAGGCUGGGCAGUCAGUGGCUACCAGUGAAGAAAGGAAGAGGACACACGAGAGCUCAUUGAGCGCUAAGUCUGAGUUCUGAAGAGAGGAGAGGCUGGUCCUCAAACCUAAUGAAACAUUUCCACUUCUGUGCCAAAUGUGUAAAGAAUAAUAAUUGUCAUAACUGUAGGCAGCUACCAUUUAAAGCUACAGUAAUAAGGAUUCAUUUGUCUGUUUGCUUUCUGUUGUCUAACAAUUGCAAGUUGCCCAUUGAUCCUCAGUCUUCCUAAAACGGUAUGUGGGUGGCAGCAGUGAGGUGACAUUCAAAAUUACCAUUUUAAAUUGAGGGGAAAACGGGAAAAACGCAUAAUUGGACACUUGUUUUACGCCUGUUCUGACUGUUUGUAUGAAUAAAAUUAAGUUUGAUAUUUAUGAUAUCAUAUUUAGUGCCAUUUAUUUAUGUUGAAAUGAAACCACAAUAGUCCAGAACAGUUUUUAGAAUAUCAAACUUGGUUUAAUGGUAAAAACAGUAUACAUUUGAUUUGAAAAACCAUUUUUUAAAUACCCAUGAGCUAAAGGUUUGUGAAUAAAACCCAAUGUUACAUUGAUCCUAGAACUUUAGAGUUGGGUCCCUUAAGAACAGCUAAGCGCCUUCUUGCAAACCCGCCCUUACUGUAUUUGUAGGGCAUCGCUAAACACUCUGGAUAUGCACAAAUAGACGAUUCCUGAUAUUUAACAUUUGUCCAACACAAAAUUGUCAUCAUAAUAAACUGCCCAAAUUCCUAGUCACAUACAAACACAUUAUCUUGGGGUUCAUAGUAGGCAAAUGUAAUACAUUGUAAUAAGUGUAAUUUAUUCUUUGUGGUAGAAUGUGAUCAAAUAUUUAAAACAUUGCUUUGAUUAUAAAUCAAUCAUAUAUUUCCACUAUCUGCAUGUAAACUUUGUGUAAUCUUGGCAUUCUUUGUAGGCCUUAGUUUACUAUUAAAAAUGCAUUUAAUUACAUUUAAAAUAAACAUUCUUCAGUAAGCCUAUCUAAAUACUAUAGUAAGCAAUACUGCCAUUACUGUAAUAUUAUACAAUUCUGCCAUGUACUACAACAUGCAACAUCAAAUAUUCGAAGUAACAUAAAAUAUUCGCUGUACAUGCAAAUUGUUGUUGACCAAAAUCAUGUACAAAAAUAAGUUAUAAUAAAUAAUCAGGCAUAUAUAGUUAUUUAUAGUUAUUAAAGUAAUAAAGCUAGCCCCAUUUUCUUUAAUAACUUUGCCCCUUUUUAGAUAUCACAUCUUUAUAUGGCUCAUCCCUUUACUUAAACUCACCUCUUUUUUUAGUACAUGAAAUAUUUUUGGUCACAUAAUAAGAAAAAAAAAUCUGUAGUGAAAAAUAAAACAGGUUGGUGUAUACUACUUCACAGGUAUCAAAUAUGAGCUUUAUUUUAUUGUUAAAAAAUAAAUAAAUAUGCAGCUAGCAUAUAUGGAUUUAAGCUGGCAGUAGGUAUGUAGACUGGUGUUGUUUUUUAAGUCUUUAAUUAGCUGAAGGAUGCACAUUGUGUGAAAGUUCUGUUAUUAACCUGAUAAUAUAUGUAAAGUUCUAAAACAAAAAACAUGUGGGUUGUACUCUGAGUUUAGGGAGCGCACAAUUAAUGUGGUUGUUCAUAUCAAGCCUUUGAUUAAAUUGUCCUUUAUCCACAGCAUUGUCCUCAGUUUUCUAGCGCUGGAUCCACAAGUAGAUUUUCUUUUAGAAGAAGACUGUAGUGUAUGUCGGAUUUAAACCCAAGGUAACCAAAAUGUUGUAUCUUUUCAAUAUAUUUUUGAACAGUUGGUUUGCACUGUUUGGUGUUAUUACUUAUAUAAUGGUUUGAUGUUUAUUAAAAAAAAAAAAAAAAAAAAAAAAAAAAACUGGGAUUUUAAACUUGAACUUUUAUUGAAUGUGUCCUUUCACUAGUAUAAAAUAUUCUCUUUAGAGCCCUGUUUUAAUUUAGAUGGAAAUUCUGUUUUGUCAUACAGUGCUUUGAUACUGAUCACCUCUGAAAAACAAGUAGUUAGGUACACAUAUUUAUCAAUGCAUAUCAUUUGUUUUGUCUAGGUAUAUAUAUAUGCAUGUACAGUGCCGUGACAAAGUAUUUGCCCCCUGUCUGAUUUUCUGCAUUUUUGCACAUUUUUCACAUUGUAUUUGGUCAGAUUUUUUUGUGGGUUGUAGUAGUAUAUAGACGGAGUCUGAGAGAAAAAAUGACACCAAAAUUUGGUGCUUCUUUCAUUUGUUUGGUGUGCAAGGUAAUCAAACAUGCAAUCUUCAGGAGUGAAAAAGUUAUUGCCCACCCCCCUAGUUAACAACCAGGCCUGAUUUGGGCCAGCCCUGCCCAAUAUAAAUCUGACUAACUUUGGCCCUUACCUUCAGAGUGAAGUUGUCAGCACACAGGUUCUAGAGGCACAUCAUUCCACGAACAAAAGAAAUUCCUGAAGACCUCCGGAAAAAAGUUGUUGAUGCCUGUCAGGAAAGGGUUACAAAGCCAUUUCUAAGGCUCUGGGGCUCCACCGAACCACAGUCAGAGCCAUAUUGUCCAAAUGGAGAAAGUUUGGGACAGCAGUGAAUCUCCCCAGGAGUGGCCGUCCUGCCAAAAUCUCUCCAAGAGCAAGGCGUAAAAUCAUCCAGGAAGUCACAAAGAACCCUAGAACAACAUCCAGGGAUCUGCAGGCCUCUCUCGCCUCAGCUAAGGUCAGUGUUCAUGACUCCACCAUCAGAAAUGGCAGAGUAGCAAGGCAGAAACCAUUGCUCACUAAGAAGAACAUGAAUGCUCUUCUCAAGUUUACCAAAAAGCACCUGGAUGAUCCUCAAGAGUUCUGGAACAAUGUUCUAUGGACACAUGAGUCAAAAGUGGAACUUUCUGGCCGACAUGGGCCCCGUUAUGUCUGGCGAAAACGAAACACUGCAUUCCACAGUAAGAACCUCAUACCAACAGUCAAGCAUGGUGGUGGUAGUGUCAUGGUUUGGAGAUGCUUUGCUGCAUCAGGACCUGGACGCCUUGCCAUCAUUGAAGGAACCAUGAAUUCUGCUCUGUAUCAGAGAAUUCUACAGGAGAAUGUCACGCCAUCGGUCUGUGAGCUGAAGCUGAAGCGCAGCUGGGUCAUGCAGCAAGACAAUGAUCCGAAACACACAAGCAAGUCUACAUCAGAAUGGUUGAAGAACAAGAAAUUUAAAGUUUUGGAAUGGCCUAGUCAAAGUCCAGACCUAAACCCCAUUGAGAUGUUGUGGCAGGACCUGAAACGAGCAGUUCAUGCUCAAAAACCCACAAAUGUCACUGAGUUGAAGCAGUUCUGCAUGGAGGAGUGGGCCAAAAUUCCUCCACGGCGCUGUGAGAGACUAUUCAAUAACUACAGGAAGCGUUUGGUUGCAGUUAUUGCUGCUAAAGGUGGCAUAACCAGUUAUUGAGUCUAAGGGGGCAAUUACUUUUUCAUACGGGGGCAUUGGGUGUUGUAUAACUUUCUUUAAUAAAUAAAUGAAAUAUGUAUCACAUUUUUGUGUUAUUUGUUCACUCAGAUCUUUGGUUGAAGAUCUGAUAACAUUCAGUGUCAAAAAUGUGCAAAAAUGCAGAAAAUCAGACAGGGGGCAAAUACUUUUUCACGGCACUGUAUAUAUAUAUAUACACACACACACAUAUACGUAUGUGGCGAGGGAUAUCAGCACUCUGCAGCCGACCUCCCUGUCGCAGGGGUAAUGUACUGUUACUGAAGCUAAUGAGGAAGCACAAUUGAUUUUCACUGCUCCCUUUACCAUUGUUUAGCUGAACUUUUCCUUGUUAAUGGUGUUGUUUUGUUAAGGUUUUAAAAUGAAUUUUCUUAUCAUUGAAUGCAACCAUGCCCAUUGCAUCUCAGUGUCUCUGCUGCAGGUCUGUUAUAGGUUGUAUGGAAUUUCCUGGUUUCUAUUCCUAUUGAAGUUAAUUUAAUUGUAUUUUUAUAUUGAAUUUUCUGACUUUUAUGGCUUGAAGCUUAAAUGUUAUUUUUCUUGUCCAUGUUCUCAGUGAAACUUGAAUAAUGAUCAUAACAAUAACUUUGUGAUGUGAACUGUCUUUUGACAAAUGCUCUCUGGUUGUCUGUAACUCCUUGAUAUGGCGGGGUGUGAUUCCAAAGUUUGACUUAUACUGUUAGAGAUAAAACCUUUACAUGGUCAUAUGGGGUAAAUGUAGAUGAUAAUACUGCAGGUAUCUGGCUGCCCUUAAACUCUCACCAUGCAAUGCAAACCAGAAAGGCUGCAUUGGAAAGCCAGAGAAAAGAUGGUUCCUUUGUGGACACUUUAACUGUGACCAACUCAGUCAUCUAAUUUAGUUCCUUUCUCAUUAAUUCUCAUUAAUAGACCACAAAUCGGAAUUUUUAAAUGCAACUAUGUAGGGGUCCGAUGCGUUUCAAUGGGCCAUUAUACCCUUUGGGGCGAGACACUAUUUUCACAUCUCACCCAUUUUGGCAUGGAAAGGACUCUUAAUAAGAUCAGGAAGACAAAUUUCUUUGUUGUCAUUUUCUUUAUACUAUAGAAUUCACUUUCACUGUGCAAAUCCGUAUAAAGGGACUGAUAUUUUUGUUGCACUGAAGGCUACCGUAAAUGUAUUUAUGAACUUGUUUUACUUUUAUAAAAAUCAGUAAGUUUUUUUUAAAAUUAAUUAUAUGAUUUUAUUGUCUAUUGUGAUGUACUACUAUAUUCCUGAUAUAAUUAUGCUUUUUUCCAUGAUGACAACAUCACACAAUUCAGCUUCUGGGCCUGUCCUAGUGACAGACAGGAUGGUUACUU